UGCAUCCUCCAGGCCAGUGUGUGUCAGUGUCGAGCUGUGAAUCCUCGUGAACACCGGAAGUGAAGUUUCUCUGCUUUUGUUGUGUUGUGGUUCUCAGCGUUUCUGUUGUAACGCUAAACAUUUUCUUGUAUAAACGUGAUUUUGUUGGUAAUUUGAUAUAUUAUUAUCAUAUUCAACCGUUAUAGCGAAGCGCUUUGUGCGCAUGUUUACGCCCGGGCAGGAGAAGAGUCUUCAUCUGGAGCGUGUAAUCACACUGAGGGUUAAAGAGAGGAUAUAACUAACAGGGAGUCUUGUUGUAGAGUUGAAGAGAACACAGUCGUGACUAUAAUAGAGGUCAUCAUCAGGGGUGCAGGAUGAGUUUAGCACACAGCCGAGAGCAGCGCUGCACCGCGGGGAACCGCAUGUCCAAACUCCUGGACGCCGAGGAGGAGGACGAGUUCUACAAGACCACCUAUGGGGGAUUCAACGACGAGUCGGGGGACGAUGAGUACAGGGGGGAUCACUCCGACACUGAGGACGAGGUGGACAGUGAUUUCGACAUCGAUGAAGGAGACGAACCCGACAGCGACCAGGAGGACGACGCUCCACGCCGGAAGAGCCGAGUCGUCACUAAAGCCUACAAGGAGCCUUUAAAGGUCUCGAAGCCCAAAGUCAAGCGAGUGACUGAAGAACUAAAGACUGAACGACCCAAAGUGGAGAGACGCAUCAUCCAGGAGCUGCAGGACUUCGGGGAGAUGCGUAAGUCGGUGCGCAAGUCGACGAGCGAACACACACGCAAGACGAACGAGCGGCUGCAGGAGCGGCAGCAGGAGGCGCCGCGGAAGAGGAAGGGGGCGAGCGAUCGCGUGCUGACGCAGGACGAGCUGCUAGCAGAGGCUAAGCUCACCGCGGAGAUCAACCUGCGCUCGCUGGAGAACUACGAGCGGCUGGAGGCUGAUAAGAAGAAGCAGGUUCAUAAGAAGAGGCGGUUCGAGGGGCCGACGAUCCGCUAUCACUCGCUGCUGAUGCCGCUGACGCCCGACACACACCUGAAGGAGGAGAACGUGGAUGUGGAGGGGCUGGACCAGGACACGCCUCAGGCCACGCCCACUUCAUCUUCCUCCACGCAGGCGGCGGGGUCUCUGUGCUCGCGCACUUACAUCACCUUCAGCGACGACGAUGCGUUUAGCUCUGCCUUCCCCGAGUCGGCUCGCUCCAUCCCGUCGCAGCCCGUUCAGGAGGUGUGUCCCGUUACCCAUAAUCCCGCGCUGUAUCGCGACCCCGUGACCGACAUCCCGUACGCCAACGCCAGAGCCUUCCGCAUCGUCCGCGAGGCGUACCAGAAGUACAUAGCGGCGCACGGCUUUCCCAACACCUCCGGGAGCUUCGGCGGAUCCAGUGACGUCAGCGAUUCCCCCGCGGCGGCGAGCAAGAGCGGACGACCCAAAGCCGUCGCCAAACAGCCCGUCGCCGCCACCUAGUGGUUCGGUGCUCUGACUCUGAGCUCGAUUCUCCGCACUCGUGACGAGUGCUAGAGACUUCCGCUGAAUCGCAUCCAGCGCUGCAAAGAUUCGCUGCUCGAGUGAUUCGCUCGGUUCACGAUCUGAGGACUGUCACCGGCACCGGCUCGCACUGCUCUUACUUUCUGAGUUCUUGUUUUUUGUAUUUUUCUAGGUGUUUAAAAAAAUGCAAUAAAAGCAGAGAAAUGAA